AUGAAUUUAUUUCUUAUUUUCUCUUUGGUACUUUUAGUCAAAGCAAAUGAUUAUGAAUUAUUAGCUUCACUAUAAAAUUAUGAAUUUGGAAAAACUAUUAUAGCUACAAUGUAAAUUACAUUAUCAAGUGAAGAGUAAAAUUAUUAAUUUAUUAUAAGUGCAUCAAUUGAUGGAGUAGUUAAUUAACUUAAGGCUAUGUAAAAAGCUACUUAAAGUGAUUUAGAUGAUAAUUCAUCACUUAUUAAAUAAAGUUAAGAAUCAUGCACUUAAAGAUUUAAUGAAUUAUAAGUAGUUAUUGAAAAUGCUUAAAAUAAAAAAGCUGAUAAUGAAAGAACUUUGCCUUUUAAAUAAGAAGAAUUAAAUAUCAUAACAUAUUAAAUUAAAGAUAAAGUUGAUUAACAAAAAAGAAUUUAGGAUAGAAGAAAUGGAGCAGAGUUUUCAAGAUCAGAAGAAAAGGUAUGAGUAAUAAAUAAAUUAGAAAGAUUUUAAUUUAAAGUAAUAAGAAUCAAUAGAUUUUAUAUCAGGAUUAAAAAAAGCAAAAGCAAUUUUAUCAUAACUUAAAAGUGCAUUUUUAUAAGUCGGUGAUGUUAGAACAAAAUUACAUAACCAUUUUGAAUCAUUAAAUAAAAAUAGUCCAUAUCAUGGAUUAGUGAAAAUUUUAAUUGGAGCAGCUGGUGAUGAUAAUGUUCCAAAGAUAAUUUAAAUUAUUGAUGAACUUGUAGAAGUAAUAAAAUUAUAAAUUAAAAAAGUCAUUGUAAAACUUACUUUCAGUUGAUAGAUCUGGAGAUUAAUAAAAAGAAGAAUUAUAUUAAUUAUAAAAAAAUAGAUAUGAUUUAGAAUUAUAAACUUUAACUACUACAAUAGCACAACUUUAAGCAGAGGCAGAAAAAUAAAAAUAAAAAUUGUUAGAAUUUUAAAAUGAUAUUGAGACAAAAGAAUAACUUUUAAAUGUUAAAAAUUAAGAAUAUAAUGAUUGGAAAAAAACAUGUGAUGAUGAUUUAAGAGCAAAUUAAAAUUUAAGAUAAAUAAAGUAAAUUGUUUAUAUACUAAUUUUUCAGAUUCAAUGAAUUAAAUACCAUUAAUGAAUGUCUUGAAAUUUUUACUUCAAGACUUAAUCCAUCUAUAAAAAGUUAUAUCUAAGAAUUAGAGAUUUGA